GGGCAAGGGGGACACACACCAGCAAACAAGAGGGGAAGUUGUUGCUGCUCGGCUCCCACAUCGAUCGUCUCUCUCUCUCUCUCUCUUCUUGCCUGCAUGUGCGUGCACUAUUUCCCAUGUGUGUCUGUCCUGCUGUUUGAGGUUGUUGUGAUGAUGAUGUUGCGAUGUGUUUUGGGUCGUGUGGGAGGGAGGGAGGGACGGCUGUGUACUCGCUAGUAAGACGAGUGUUUGACUGGGUGGGGGGAGGGUGGACUGGACAGAGAGCACUACGGACUACCUUCAAGGGAGGUCGUCUACGGGGCUGUCUGUGUGGUGUCUGCACGAUUUGGUUCCUCAGAUCUCGCUCGCAUCGUGAGAGAGGAAAGCACCUACUGCACUUACGUAACUUGACUGGUGAGAGGGAUAGAGUAGAUAGACAACCUGAGCUCACUUGGGAGUCACCCGACACUAGUCAGCUGACCUGACUGACCUGGCAGAUGGACUGACGAUACUGACUGACGAUAGAUAGCCUCACGCGUGGCGUUCAUGGCGGUGUGUGUGUCAGUGGUGAUUGCAAUGAUGUAGGCACACGUGACACAGCUUGGCACAGACACACAAGGACUUGUACACAGAAUGACUUGAACCAGUACAGAAUCCACACGCACACGCCGCCCACGUCUGUCCGUCUGUCCACGUCUGCUCCGUGGCGACGCCCUGCCGAUACGGAUGCAUUCAAUCCUCACUCUUCCUUCCUUCAGCCCGCGAGCUGCGAGCCAAACUCGCUGUUGCAUUAUGAAGCGACAAAGGUUUCCAUCAUGGCUGACACUCCCUGUCCAGUCGAUGCAGGACAGCAGCAGCCACGCCGCAGAUCUGGUCUGGGCGCCUCGGUACACCUACGUUCCCACGUCAUGCGACGAGUGCACAUCCAUGCCGCCUCACGCCGUCGUCCAGCUCGCCCAGAGAGCCGCCCAGGACGACAUCAAGGACUGCUUCCUCUGGACGGCCAUCCAGCAGCGAGUCCGUGCUCUCGCCCGUCAGCUCACGCUGCCGCAAUGGACGGCCUUCCUCAGCAGUGUGUCACAAGUGGGCGAGCUCAACGACAAGACCAUCAACGCGGCGAUGCCGUGGAUUCGGCACCAUGUGCAGCGGCUGGUGAGGCAGAAUGAGAGCCCGGAGGGGAGGGCAAAUGGGUUGCGGCGGCCUGCUUACCUGUGGAGGGCUAUCUUGUCGGUGGACGCCUACAUGAAGUACCACCCCACCAACCGGAGGCGAUACGUGAUCCCUGACAACAUCCUGGAGCCGCAGCACGGCCGGGCCAACCCCACCUUCCAGUACAUUCUGCCCAACACACCGCAUCAGUGGCGCGCCUUUCUCCGCCAGAUGGCCCCGCUGAUGGCGCUCACAAUCACGCAGCGGAUCAGCAGCGAGCUGACGCCAUCCUUAUCUGUCAUUGUGGCGCACUGCCUGGUCGCGACGCCUUACUGCGACCCUCUGCUGAUCGGCGCUCUGGAUACCUACUGCGUGAGGAAUCUGCGGGCUUUUCCGACUCGUCUAUUGUGUCAGCUGUUCCAUGAUCUCGCCCGGCUCGCUCGGCUGCGUGGCGAGCGGCCGUCAGCUGCGCUUGCCGGUGCGGUGUGCGAGAGGGUGCGGCACAGCAGGGGCAAAAACAUCGGGGGCGACCUUUUAUCGAGCUUCCUGCACACGUACCACCUGCUGCAGAUGGACGACGUGGCUCUCCUGCGGCAGGUCGGCCACAUGAUUGUCGACGACAGCCUGCGCUUCCGCACUGGGCUGCAGUACGUGCGCGCCACUUAUCCAUUCAUUCUGUCGGGGCUGCUGAUGGACGAGUCGAUGGUGCAGCUGGCCAACUGGCUGGUGAUGGAGGCCGCCCGGCUGAUCAGCGACAUCCAGAAGCUGCCCCGGCACUUCCUGUUCCUUCUGGUGGCCUUCAACAACGUUCCCCACCUCGGCAAACGGAGAGCUGGCGAUGGCGACACUGACGCAGGAGCAGGAGAUGAGAUCGUGGCUCGUGUCGACCCGACGGCAUCGUCUUCACAGCCUGUCAUCGUGUCUUCUAUGGGGGUAGGGGGCGGCGGUGUUGAUCAAGUCUACGAAGGCGUCAAGCGGAGUGUGCAUGAGGGGGCGAGGCUGCAGUUGCUCAUCGAGCGGAGCGACACCAUCACCUAUGUGCAUGUGCGCCGGGCCAUCCGCCGCUUCAUGGAGAGCGUCCCAGCCCUUUUGCCCUCCCUCUCGCCCACCGAGCUCAUCCAGGCCAUGCAGGCCACAGCUGCGUGUCGCUUCAAGGUGCCCCGAGAGACCAAGGAGGUGCUCAUGAGCCACGUGACUGCACAGGCGUGGAAGAUGCCUGCAGGGGGGUUACCGAUUGUGCUGACGUGCGCCGUGCGGCUGUAUGGCGCUGAGGGGGUCAGGAGGAGCACUCUACUCCCGGCAUAUGCUGAGAGAAUCGCCGCAGAGACGGCCAGUGGCGGGCUGGAGGGAGAGGGAAGGGCCUCCGAAGCCAGCAGUACUACUAUGUAUCCGGUGGAGUGGUCGCAUCUAUACCAGCUGGAGGCGAUGGCGCGUGUGGUGCAGGUGUUCAGCCAGUGCGGCUUCCAGCACGCCAAGAUGGCCGAGAACGUCUGCCGCUUCCUGCUCGAGGACGACAGGCGGCUGCUGUACGCCCCUUGCCCCACUGGCGCCCCCCUGCUGCCGUCGCUCGUGACCAUAUUCCACUAUGCGGCAUCACAGGGGCUGCUUGACCCAUUCUUCUAUCGGGAGAUGGUGGCCGCCUGUCUGGCCCAUGUCGAUGUGGGUGUGGACAAGGGGGAGGGUGUUCAGCUGGUGGACUGCCUGGGUCUGCUCGAGUGCUGUCGGCUGCUGUCGUCCCCCACCAGCCUAUCCCUCACCGACAGCGUCCACCUGCAGUCAGUUGUGUAUGGCGAUCUGCCUCGGCUGCUGCUGGCUGUCCUGAAGGCCCUGCCGCCGGCCAGUCUCACUUGUCUGGACGGCAGUGACGUGCAACUGAUGCACUACCUCCUGCAGCAGCUGGCCGUGCAGCUACGGGUGCAUCAUGAAGAAGGCGCCGCCGAUGCCGGAGGGAUGAACGCCCACGCAGCCGUGUCGCACCAGCUCCCUGCGGCAGCUGCCGACGACACGGCCGCACGCGGCUUCAGGAUGGAGGAGCUGCGGAUGGCCUGCGAUGGGGCUAUCGAUGCGCUGAGGGAGCGGGCUGAUGAGCUGAAGGUGUCACUGAGGGAUGAGGGUGGGGCAGCUGUUGAUGGGGGCAAACAAGAGGGGGGCGGUCGAUCUGUGAGACUGAGGGAGUGGCGGGAGGGCAUGGCAUGGCGGCCGGUCAGGGUGGCGCAGUCAGCUGUGCAGCUCGCUGGGGUCGGUUGAGCAGGGGGGCGGGUGGUGGUGGUGGUGGUGCGUGGUGUGUUCAUUCGAUUGACACAAACCGACGGACAGACAGUGGUUCCG